GAAGAAACCCCACUUGCCUAGUGGAUACCCCCUAAUCCAAGCCUCACCCGUUUCCACCCCCACUCGCCUGGAUCCGGAGGGUCUCCUAGCUCAUCCUCAUUCUUGCUGCAUAUCAACUCAGUGUUGAAGGCUUCUUUUUGUUUUGUUCCUCCCUCGUUCAUCCUUUCUUGCUUUUUAGAGUAACUACAGCAAAAAGACACUAAGAGCAAAAAUGUCCACAAGAGAGCGCUUCGACUGCCAUUAUUGCAAAGACUCCCUGCUGGGGAAGAAGUACAUCAUGAAGGAGGACACCCAGUACUGCACAAAGUGCUACGAGAAUCUUUUUGCAAACUGCUGCCAGAGCUGCACCCUUCCCAUUGGCUGCAACAGUAAGGACCUGUCCUAUAAGGAUCGCCACUGGCAUGAGGAGUGCUUCAAAUGUGCCAAGUGCAGCCGCUCCCUGGUGGAAAAAGCCUUCGCCGCCAAGGACGAGUUGAUGCUAUGCACCGAGUGCUACUCCAACGACUACUCUUCCAAGUGCACCACCUGCAAGAAGACCAUCAUGCCAGGUUCUCGUAAAAUGGAAUACAAGGGCAAAAGCUGGCAUGAGACGUGCUUCCUGUGCAAUCGCUGCCAGCAGCCUAUCGGAACCAAGUCCUUCAUCCCUAAAGACGACGGCUAUUUCUGCGUGGGAUGCUUCGAGAAACAGUUCGCCUACCAGUGCUGCGCUUGUAAGAAGGCCAUUACCACCGGCGGAGUGACCUACCAAGAAAAGCCGUGGCACCGCGAGUGCUUCCUGUGUAUUAGCUGCAAGAAGCAACUCUCGGGCCAGCGCUUCACCUCCAAGGACAACUACGCUUACUGCCUUGAGUGCUUCAGCGAUCUCUACGCAAAGAAGUGUGUUGGCUGCACUAAGCCCAUCACCAGUCUGGCCGGAGCAAAGUACAUCUCCUUCGAGGAGCGCCAGUGGCACAGCGAGUGUUUCAACUGCGUGCAGUGCUCCGUCUCGCUAGUGGGACGAGGAUUCCUCACCCAACGCGACAACAUGCUGUGCACCGACUGUGGCAGGGAGAAGUGACCUUUCACCCACCUUUGAUAAGGCAGCGCGCCAAGAAGCCAACCUUUCUCAACUCCGAUGCCAAACAACGCCUGAAGAUUUGGUCUUUGCAUGGCUAAUGUGUCAUCUGUCUUAAACAUUGGGACGGUCCUUGACUAGUUCCUUUCGAUUUGUUUGACACAUUGGUUUAAGUUGCUCGCCUUUGUGUAGUACCAAAGUACUGUUUCACAAAGCAGUUUCAAUAAAGCAAAAAGCAUAUGUUGUGCUA